CGCAUGCGCCAGCCUCCCUCCCUCCCUUCCCCCCGCUAUCGCGAGAUUUGGAGUCUCGGGAGCGGCGGCCUGGAGACGACGAUGUGCGGAGACUGUGUGGAGAAGGAGUACCCGGAUCGGGGUAACACCUGUCUGGAAAAUGGGUCCUUCUUGCUGAACUACAUAGGUUGUGCAAUGUGCAGUAAACGUGACUUUGUGCUGGUCACAAACAAAGCCACAAAAGAAGAGGAUGGAGAAGAAAUAGUCACUUACGAUCAUGUGUGUAAGAACUGUCAUCAUAUGGUAGCCAGGCAUGAGUAUACUUUCAGCGUCAUGGAUGAAUAUCAGGAGUAUACCAUGCUCUGUCUGUUAUGUGGCAAAGCGGAAGAUUCUGUCAGCGUCCUCCCCGAUGACCCUCGACAGAUGGCUCCAUUGUUCUAAGGAUCCUGCGAUAAUGCCCUUCGUUGCCUCGACAAUAUGUUGACUUCCAAGACAGCACAUCUGAGUUUUUUCCAACCUACCGUACAUUUUUUGGCACAUUUUUGAAAGCACUGAUUUGGCUCUGCUUUGAAAGGAAAACGUCUGCUCCCUACAUUUGCGUUUUGAGACUUAUUCUUUAUGUGAUUUUACUCCUUGCUAACAGCUCUGCAUGUGAAAAGGAAUAAGAUUAAACUGCCCCAGCAAAGUGUCUA